GACAAAACACUGCACAUCCAAUGGAUUAAUAAAUGACAGUAGCUGCUAAUCAUUUCAACCACUAAAAACCGAUUUGAUUAUCAAAACGGAUAUUCGUGACGUUUUUUAGUUUUUUUUGUUCCCAGGCUAUAUAUUUGUGUCGGUGUCCACAAAUGACUGUCCUUCUAAAAUUGGUGUUUUCAGGUCUGAAUAACUAAACUAGCUAGCUAGUUUGCUAGCUACCCAAUGCUAGCUGCUUAGCUGAUACAUUUCUGUGACCUAAUUUAGCUAACGUUAGCUGGCUACUUAGCGAUACAAAAUGUGUUGAAAAUUAAGCUUUGGUUUGGUUUCUGUGGUUAAAAAUAAUAUUGUUUUUGUGUGUCGUCAUUAGCAUUGCCGGGAUGUGUUUACUUAUUCCUUUGCAGGCACGACUUUACGCUUUGAAUCAUUUGGCUGUACUAACGUUAGCAGUAGAAGGUCAAUAUUGUUGAUGACAGCUAACUAUAGUGGAAUACUUCUCAACAAACCGCCUAUGCGCAAUGAGAUGUAAAGCUACUGUUAGGCUAUUCGAUAUGAGAUGUAAACAGAGUGGGAGCUUCAGCUAUCCAGAUUCACAGUUGCUCAUUAGUUAGCUAGCUAGUCAUUAGCUAACAGGAAAAGUAGCCAUACCCAGUGUUGGCUGAAGUUAACUUUACUCGAUUCUCUCCAACAAUGAUUAAGUCGAUCACUACGAAAACACCUCAAUAAUAACAGCCAAUACUUGGAAAUAUGGAUUUCAUGUGGACUUCAGCCAUACUACAAAAUCACCUGAUUCUACUUUCAAAAUAACCUUUUCAGACGACCGUCUUAAUUUCAGAUUUUUGCUGACAGGAUAACUUUCAUGUUUUGUUUUGGAGAGUAGGGGUUGGCUUUGGAUCAAUUGUAGAUUUUUGCAUGUGUUAUAGUUAAUUUUUUUCCAAAUAAUAUCCUCUCACAGUAGAAAAUGAAUGGCCUAUCUGUCAGUGAGCUAUGCUGCCUGUUCUGCUGCCCUCCCUGUCCGAGCCGUAUUGCCGCCAAGCUUGCCUUCCUGCCUCCUGAGCCUACAUAUUCCCUCUUGCCGGACCUCGAUGGAUCUGCAGCCCCAGGGACAGCAGGGUCAGCGGGGCUGAGAUCCAGGGGAGGGGUACCUGGAGCAGCUGUAGGGGGUUCAGGCAGCACUGGUCCUGCAGAGGGAAAAUGGAAGCUCCACCUGACAGAGCGAGCUGAGUUUCAGUACUCCCAGAGAGAGCUGGAUGCUACAGAGGUGUUCUUCACCCGCUCCAGCCGUGGCAAUCGAGUGGGCUGCAUGUACAUCCGCUGUGCCCCCACCGCCAGGUUUACAGUGCUGUUCUCCCAUGGCAACGCGGUGGACUUGGGCCAGAUGAGCAGCUUCUAUAUCGGCCUGGGCACACGCAUCAACUGCAACAUCUUCUCCUACGACUACUCCGGCUAUGGUGUCAGCACGGGCAAGCCUUCCGAGAAGAACCUCUACGCUGACAUUGAAGCCGCCUGGCAGGCCCUGCGCACACGAUAUGGCAUCAGCCCAGAGAACAUAAUCCUGUAUGGGCAAAGCAUUGGCACCGUUCCCACGGUCGACCUGGCAUCACGGUAUGAGUGUGCCGCUGUGGUGCUCCACUCCCCCCUCACCUCUGGCAUGCGGGUGGCCUUCCCAGACACCAAGAAGACAUACUGCUUUGAUGCUUUCCCCAACAUUGAGAAGGUGUCUAAGAUCACGUCACCGGUGCUGAUCAUCCACGGGACUGAGGACGAGGUGAUCGACUUCUCCCACGGUCUGGCUCUGUUCGAGCGCUGUCCCAAGGCCGUGGAGCCACUUUGGGUGGAGGGGGCGGGACACAACGACAUCGAACUGUACAGCCAGUACCUGGAGCGCCUGCGCCGCUUCAUUGGCCAGGAGCUGGCCGUACAGCAUGCCUGAACACCCCCACACCGCCUCCAGGCUCCAACCCUCCUCUGGCUCCCCUCUGUUCCUCUGGGUCUAAGUGGGUCAGGAGGAAUGGAUGGCUGGGCUCUCAGAAUGAAUGAUCCUUCACCUUUUGGGGCGACUUUGUCUGGAUGCUCGGCAGCCCUGUCUUUUAGUUGUUUUCCUAUUUUUCUGUCUCUGUCACCUGUCAUUAAUCCUGGUCAGAGAAUCUAGUCCACCUCCCGCCCCUUGGACAGUGCAAGAAUGCACCCAGGCAUGGAGGGCUCUCUACCUUCUGCCUGUUUUAUUUCUGUCUGUCCAAAGCCCCUCUAUUACCCCAGGCAUGGAGGGCUCUCUACCUUCUGCCUGUUUUAUUUCUGUCUGUCUAAAGCCCCUCUAUUACCCCAGGCAUGGAGGGCUCUCUACCUUCUGCCUGUUUUAUUUCUGUCUGUCUAAAGCCCCUCUAUUACCCCAGGCAUGGAGGGCUCUCUACCUUCUGCCUGUUUUAUUUCUGUCUGUCUAAAGCCCCUCUAUUACCCCAGGCAAAAACAACCUCAAACAGGCUAGGUGUUCUAAACACAUGUACUGUUUAUCAUCUUCUGAGACAUUUACACAUGAUUCAAUUUUAACUAACAACCCUAACAUGGGCAAAUCAUUGAGUAAUGAAAGUCUGUUUUGAGCACUGACAUUUUGGUAUUUAAUUUGAAUGGGGAAUGUGUAUUUCUCUUUUCUAACACAACGAUGACACUGAGCCACUACUUUACAAAUCCUGUGGUGUUGAUGUAUGAGUAUAACUGUCCUAUUUGAAAGCAGGUUUGUUGCUAAUGUUUCUUGUGGAAUCUUUUUUCUUUGCUCUCUUCUCUUUCUCUCCUCCUGUCUCUUCCUCUCUGUCUCAUUUUCAGUUAAGCUGUCAGAUUAAUAGUCCAUGUCUAUGAAUAAUUUCUUUCAUAGACAUAAAUCUUACGUUUUUAUAAUUAUUAAGCAUGGUUUAAUUUUUAUCUAAAAAGUGAUUAGAGCAAAAAUCAUUUUUAAAAAGUUGCUGAAUAUUGCUUUGGCUAAAGUCCAAAAUCUCUCUGCCAAAUUAAUUGUUUCAAAAGCAUCAUUAAGUCGCUAACAUCUCUCUAAGAUGUGAUUGAUUUCUAACUCGGCAACCACUCUCAUGUUUCACUCCCUGAUUCAUAUUCUACAGUAGUUGUACUGCAAUUGAUGUUAUGGACAUGUGAGUUUACCUUUAGAACACAAACUAAGUCCUGCCACGUUCUCUGAGUUAAGGAGGCAUUAGUUGGCCUUUACUCACACGGAACUCAAUUCACAUCUUACUGGGUUUCUAUAUGGGAUGUUUUCCAAAGGCUUUUUAAAAUAUUUGUACGUGAUUUAGAGUUGUACAUAUUCAAUUUCACUUUAGUUAUUUCAUCCCUCUAAAAACACAAAAUCAUUGUAAAUUACUAGGCUUAUGCUGGUAAUGGCCAUUCACAAGGUAAAUUGGGUCAGGGCAGUUGAGAUUAAGCUGGUUGGGUGGAUGGAGUUUUAACUGAACUUGCUGCUAAAGAUGAGGGUCAAAUGGAUUGAAAAGGGUCAAACCCUCCACAUCCAUUGUAUACAUUAAUGCUGCUUAGUUUGAGGGGAAAUGUUACAGUCAUACAUGUUAUUUUACGCUGUACAGUGGAAUGGAUCCAGUGAUGUACAGUACUCUCUGCUGGUGUCAUGUUGCAUGUUUGAUUGGUUGCUCUUUUGCUUCAUUUUAGGGGUAAAAGCACAUCAUUAUAACACUAGUAGAGCUAUGGAAUGAGAUGUGCUUUAAUUUAUUAUUCACUAGGUUUAUUUCCAGCAGGCUCCCUUUUCAGCUCCAACUAGCCCUUUUCACUGACUUUCUACUGUUGCCACACUAUUUCAGACAGACUUAAGAUUCCACAAUUUCUGACCGACUGUGUGAAAGUCGACCGAAUGCCCAACUUCUCUGGCAUACAGGGUCCACCACCACUCACAGGAUAGUGGAGGUCCUUUGUUUGGGUUGGGUUUUGGGGGAGUCAGGAUUACUUGUACACAGCAACCAAAUUUUAACAGUAAAUGUUCUGUCUUGAACAAAGCAUACCUCUUAUAUUGGUAUGUUCAUCAGAACCAAAGAAAGUCCUUCAUCACCCAUAGUACUUGGGUUUAUUGUCCAUCACCACAUAAACAGUUAGGGAACAAAAGUUGUGCGCCCUGAAUCAGCCAGGAUAUGCUCUUGUUCAAGCUGCUUAUAGUUUGGUUUGGGACAGCUUAGGCGUGUUUACUCUCUAUUAUGGACGAUUGUAUGGAGAAUACAAGCAAUACAGCAGAUUUGUGUGUCUGGGUGGCCUGAGAUAGGAGUGUGAGUAGCAGAUGAUGGACUGUACUUCGAGUGUGAGGAGUUCCAGACACACAUUCAGAGCUUUUGUUUAAAGAAACUAAGUUAUAGAAAUGUAUUUUUUAUUCAAAUGUAUUUACUAUAUUACAUUGUUUAUUUUUUUGCUGAGGGUUAGGAUCCAAGUGUAAGAUGGGGGUUGGUAUGUUAUUGUAUCCAGUUAUGCAUUGUUUAUUAUUUACAACUUUGUUAUAUUUAGUUUAAAAUGUUGUUUUCCUCACCCCCCCCCCCCC